AUGGCGAAGCCCGCGGCGGCGGCUGCGGCGGCGGCGGCGUCGGAGGAGCUGAGCCAGGUGCCGGACGAGGAGCUGCUGCGCUGGAGCAAGGAGGAGCUGGCACGGCGGCUGCGGCGCGCCGAGGGCGAGAAGGUGGGCCUCAUGCUGGAGCACGGCGGCCUGAUGCGCGACGUGAACCGGCGGCUGCAGCAGCACCUGCUGGAGAUCCGCGGGCUCAAGGACGUGAACCAGCGGCUGCAGGACGACAACCAGGAGCUGCGCGAGCUCUGCUGCUUCCUCGACGACGACCGGCAGAAGGGGCGCAAGCUGGCGCGCGAGUGGCAGCGCUUCGGGCGCCACGCGGCCGGCGCCGUGUGGCACGAGGUGGCCCGCUCGCAGCAGAAGCUGCGUGAGCUCGAGGCGCGCCAGGAGGCCCUGAUGCGCGAGAACCUGGAGCUCAAGGAGCUGGUGCUGCUGCUGGACGAGGAGCGCACGGCGCUGGCGGCGGCGGGGGGCGCGGGCAGCGGCGGCGGCGGCGCGGGCUCCCGCAGCUCCAUCGACAGCCAGGCCAGCCUGAGCGGGCCGCUGGCGGGGGGCGCGGCGGGCGCGGGGGCCCGCGACGUGGGCGACGGCAGCAGCACGUCGAGCGCGGGCAGCGGCGGCAGCCCCGACCACCACCACCACGUCCCGCCCCCGCUGCUGCCCCCCGGGCCGCACAAGGCCCCCGACGGCAAGGCCGGAGCCACGCACCGGUCCCUGGACGACCUGUCGGCGCCACCGCACCACCGCAGCAUCCCCAACGGCCUGCACGAUCCCUCGUCCACCUACAUCAGGCAGCUGGAGACCAAAGUGAAGCUGCUGGAGGGUGACAAGCUCCUCGCACAGCAGGCGGGCUCCGGGGAGUUCCGGCCGCUGCGGAAAGGCUUCUCACCGUACCACUCGGAGUCCCAGCUUGCAUCCCUGCCGCCCUCCUACCAGGACUCGCUACAGAACGGCCCGGCUUGCCCUGUUCCUGAGCUGCCCUCGCCGCCCCCUGCCGGCUACAGCUCUGCAGGACAGAAGCCCGAGGCUGUCGUGCACGCCAUGAAGGUCCUGGAGGUGCACGAGAACCUGGACCGGCAGCUCCAGGACAGCUGUGAGGAGGACCUGAGCGAGAAGGAGAAGGCCAUCGUCCGCGAGAUGUGCAACGUGGUCUGGAGAAAACUGGGAGACGCCGCCAGCUCCAAGCCCUCCAUCCGGCAGCACCUGUCUGGGAACCAGUUCAAGGGGCCUUUGUAGGGCCGUUCUUCCGUGGGUGUGGGCUGGCCCUGCCUGGGGGUUCCCAAGGGGGCUUCAGGCCCCAGAUGUGGGCAGGACCUCCGGCUGAGCCACUGUCUUCUUUCUCUGUGGUGAAUUGUACAUAGGGCCCCGCUGCCGCGGCCUGCCACGCGGGUGGCCCGGCCUGCAUCUCCCGCCUCGCACACCAGCAAACUGGGAAGCCGGGACGCCGCUGACCGUCCCUGCGGCAGCGCAGCCGGGACAGCCUCAUGCCGCUCUGCGCCCGGCCCCGGCUCCACGAGGAGACGCUGAAGGCUGCUUCUGAAGUGCCAGGCCCAGGGACUGUCCCAGGCUUCUGUGUCUGGCCCUCCACCCCCAGCUGCCACCUGCACUGGACAGAGGCCACCGGCACCUGGAUGCUGAUGCGGGGGCACCACUUCUCGCCUGCCUGCCGGCCUGGCCCCCGGCCCGCCAAGCACUGGGUCCCCUGUGUCACGGACAGAGAAACUCACCCGUCCGUGGCUGGCUGGAGGCUGCUGUGGGGCUCUCAGCCCCUUCCUCUGACACUCAGUCUGGAGCCAGGGCCCCUCCCCUGCCCGGGGGGCUGUGCCCAGCCGCCCUGAUGUCAGCUGCUGCUUGUUUUUAAGAGUUCAUCACCCCCACCCCCAACACUCUCUGCAGUGUCCCCCCACCC